UUUCAAUACAUCUAUUUAAAACUCUUAGUUUCGCUUUUAUUUCUACGCAGUUUUAUUGCACGUUGUAAUCAAUCGUCUAUAACCGAUUAGGUAAAAUGUACGCACACGUAGGGUCUGUCCCUUAAGAGCAUGUAUGAUAAAAGUUCUAUUUUUAAUCGAAAAAGGGAAAAAAAAAAAAAAAGCGAAAGAAAGAAUGAAAAAGUUAUCCCCUUCAAAGGGGAUAAGUCUGGCUAUUUUGUCAUCGCGAGCGUGCAUUUUAUUACACGCCUAUAAGUGUCUAUAUAUCAUGUAGAAAAACAACAAGGUGUUAUUAUAGAAUUUCCUUGCCUACGCACCGUCGAGUCUGCAUUGUCGAUCAAUAAAAUUGUGUAUACGACGGUUUUCCGGGACAUCCCACGUGUGCACGAUUCUAAAACGCUUCCGUUCUCCUUUUUGUCUUCUCUUCUUUUUAUUUUUCAGUUUAACGCAUUUUGUGCAAGGAAAGAACGAGAAGAGGAGUGAAAGUGAUAUAUACAUACAUAUACAUAUAAUAGAGAGAAAGAGAGAGAGAGAGAGAGAGAGAGAGAGAGAGAGAGAGAGAGAGAGAGCGACUAGUGCAAAUAAAUGAGAAAGAAAGAGCAUUAUAUCCAUAAUGGUAAGAGUGUUCUUUAGCAGGUGAUACUUUCAUCAUAUCGUGCAACAUAUCGUAGCGUUAUAAAUUAAUGUAAAGAGUUAAUCUUUUCGAGCCUCACGGCUACUUAAUUGUUUCGAGAGAUGCAUGAUAAUAGAUGCGGCACAAUGCCGAUGUAAUGGAGACGCUGACAAACGCGAUUCACCUAGUCAUGCACAGAGUGAAUCGAUUGAAAAGAAAAUUUAACUUUAAAUAAAGAUAAUUUGAUUCGAUGACAAUGUACCUAGAAUCUGAUUUAAAUGGUUUCGAAGAACUUGUAAAUCAGCAUACAUAUAAUGGAAACAAAAAUUUCUAUAAUUUAAUUCUUGAAAUAAUUAAAAUCGUAUCACCCUAUGGAUACCGUUCUGGAUACCGCAAAAUAGAAGACAAAAGACGGCUGUGUCACGAAAAAAAAAAAGCAGCGAAUUUGCACUGGUAGCACCGACGGUAUUGUAGACAAAUGAUCAAGAUGUUGUUAUUGUUCACUUUGAUGUGUUAUUUUCAAGCGCUUAUUGUUAUUACAAACGAGGUUCCAUCGAGCGACAAUGAAACGUUGAUCCAUUCGGUGAAAAAAGUAGCCGUGAGGAUAGUCGGCGGAGAAAUCACUGACAUAAAAAAUUAUCCAUUCAUCGUCUCGGUACAACGGCGACACUUGAGUCAUAUCUGCGGAGGUACUUACGUAGCACCAAGAUUCAUUUUGUCAGCCGCUCAUUGCAUGGUCAGGUGCGUUCUAAGACUGCGACAUUUAUACAGUCUAUGGCUCUUAACCCUAAAAUGGUAUUCCAAUCUUAGAUUAGAAAGGGAAGAACGCUCAUUUUCUUUAACAUUUUUUAAUCACGCGAUGCUUGCAUCUCAUAUACAACCGUUACCCAGAGGUAGAUGGGUUCCCGAAAAUCCACGCCUAUUCUACGUAAUUGCUGGAGCCACUUACGUGUACUUUCCAAGCUGGAGUACUAUACAGAUGGAAUUGGUAGACAAGACAUUACCGCACAGGAGUUUUAAUUUCUCGAACAUGCAUCACGAUAUUGGAUUGUUCAGGCUCUCGCAACCCUUUUACAUUAACUCGUACGUGAAAUUCGUUACUCUACCUGCUGCCUAUGACGCAAACAUUUUCCAAACGUAUCCCGAUCCCUGUACUGCGGUUGGCUGGGGACGACACAUUCCUGGAUCCAAUAAAGGAACGGGUACUUAUCUUCGUCAUGUCCAUAUUCCGUUAAUACCACAUGAAAAGUGUCCCGUUGAAGGAGUACAUUCUAAGUAUCACUUAUGUGCAGGUGUGCUAAAAGGUGGAAAAGAUGCAUGUCAAGGUGAUAGUGGUGGUCCAUUAUUAUGCAAAGGACUGCAAAUUGGUAUAAUAUCAUGGGGUAAAAGUUGUGCUCGUCCUAAUUCACCUGGUGUAUAUUGUCGAUUAGAUUUAUAUUUAGAUUGGAUAAAUUCAACUAUGAAAAGAAAUAGUGCAUUUCAAAUUGCUUCUAACAUUAGUAGUAUAUUCGUUUUAAUAAUGCUUUUUAUAUUAGUUAUAAGAUAG